AGGGACAAACUUAAAAAAAAACUAUCUUAUAUACAGGACGCUGUCGUUUCGUUGCGUUUUACUCCUAAAAUCUUGAAUUUCAAAUUGAAAGGGAUAAAAUGGUGGCUAUUGGGCAAGAAUUUUGAACUUACUGGAAGAAAAAAAGAAACAGAAUCAAAUGGCGAAAAUGUUCGCCGCGCAAAAUCUUCCGGCCGACGUCAAUCAAGUGGUGGAUCAGCUGGAGCGCCACUGUUUGGCCCCCGAUGGAUCUCUCAUUUCCAAAUCCACCUACUACGAUCUUCAACUCGCCAGAGAAGAAAUGUGCAAAGAGAGGCAGCGUUACCUGGAAACCCUGGCAGUGUACAUUGAGAUGGUGGCGAUGGUGGAGGAGUAUCAACAGGCCAUUUCCAUGGCUAAUAUGGGCGGCAUCCCUGAUGUUCAGGGUCUUUAUCCGAAGCUCGGCUUGAAAAACCCACCACAGGUUUAUGAGGCUCUUGAGCAUAGAAUGAUGGUAGCAGAAGCUGCUCAAAGAUUGAGGCUUCCAAUGAUUUCCAAAGACGGUGAGAUUCAUGAGGAAGAAAUUGAAAAAUUGAGUAUUGUGUCAAGGAGCUCACUUGAUAGCACAAGUAGUGUCACAAUGAGCUCGAGCACAUAUUCUACUAAUUAUACAAAUUUAUCUGGGCCGGGAGCUGGAUUCUCUUCUGGGGGAAUGGAUGCAUCUGAACCUGAAGUUGGUGGUGUCCCAAAUAGGUUUCUUGGGAUAACACCAACCUAUUUAUGGCAAACACAGCUUCAGCGAACACCUCUAUCCAUGGACAUGACUGAAUAUCAGGUGGCUCUUGCCCGUGAGAUUGCAGGUCGGUUGGACGCUAAAUGUGAAAAGUUAGGAGAUGCGGUUAUCAUAGAUGACUAUGAAUCAUCAACUGGUCACCAGACUCUGACUUCCCGACUUCCAGAGAGUUUUGUGUUCAUAUACAACAGGGUGAAAUUGAUAAUUGAGGAGAUUGAAAGAGAAGAAUUGGCAUGGAGGGAGGAUCUGUAUUCUUCUGAUAGAAAAUUUGCUGAGUACUAUAAUGUUUUGGAGCAGAUUCUUGCGGUGCUCAUAAAGCUUGUCAAAGAUGUUAAACUCCGUCAUCAACAUAAAUAUGAUGAACUACAGAAGACUUGGCUAUGCAAAAGAUGUGAGACCAUGAGUGCCAAAUUAAGAGUUCUAGAACAUAUUCUACUCCUUGAAACCUACACCAGGGAAACUAUUCCAGCACUCCACAGAAUUAGGAAAUAUCUGGUUGAGUCAACAGAAGAAGCUUCUCUUGCAUAUAAUAAAGCGGUUACACGACUUCGUGAGUAUCAAGGUGUUGAUCCCCACUUUGAUAACAUUGCCAGGCAAUACCAUGAGAUAGUUAAGAAAUUGGAAAAUAUGCAGUGGACCAUUCACCAAGUGGAAAUGGACCUCAAGAAGAUGCCUGAUCAUUCUACCACAUAAACCAUCUGCACAAUGACUUGACACUUUCUGCUUUGAUGGCCUUAAGACAAGUAACAUCUGUGUAAAUAACUGCAUGACAUUGGUCAAAUUUGACCACCAUUGACUGGUGAUUCAUUUCAUUGUGUUCCUAUUCUGUUAUUUCAUGGAUAAUUGCCAAUUUCCUCCAAUGAUAUUAACUUCAAAAUUCAAUGUAAGGUUCUCUCUCUCUCUCUCUCUAAUAAAUGAAGUCGAUGCUCUUUAACAAAGCCAGUAUUGCAAAAAGAAUGCAGCCUUGUUCGUAUAAUGUGA